GGAUAGUUUUCUGGUCCUGUUUAAUUGUGAGGGUGGGGUACGUGCGCGCGCAAGCGCGUCGCUGCGUUGGCUCUAGUAGGUUCGGCGGAAGCGACGGAAAAGCGAGUCAAAACCGGAUUGACUCGACCGGACUCGACCUGUCGCUGCUUUAUUACUUCAACGUUCGUCAUCGGGUUGCACAUGCAUACGUACAUUAUUUUGACGACUAGUACGCGUAGUGUUUCCUAUUUUAAAUGCAGUGGCUUCUCGAUUCGAUAAGGACUUUCGUCCGAAUCUCCUCAGCAUCGUUCAUGCUUCAGAUCAAGUAGGGUAAAAGGUUUAUUCAAUACUGUGUUAUGGACAGUGGAUAGUGCCAUGCCCAUAUAAAUAUUAUCGAGAUCUCAUGCUUUAGACAUUGUGUCUUGUUGUGACCGUAACAAAAAGGUUAACCAAUAUAAUGUUUGACGAUCACACUCUGGAGGAGAAAGUUGAUCUCACUCAAUGUAAAAAAGAACUCAGCUUCUAUGACGUGGAAGGUGACAGAAAUCUUAUUGACAAACGUAGUCCCCAGGAAGAAAUGAAGUAUUUUACAUUAGGUCAAUAUUCCUCGCCACUGGUGCUAAAUAAAUCAAUGCCAAGAAGGAAUCGAAGCCUUGUAUUUCACCAAACAAAUAGAUCUUUAAAUUUUGACGGGCAUCUUUUGAAAUCACCACAUUCGAUGUUUAGCUGUAGCUCCCCUAUUGGAGAUAAAAAUUUGUCGAGAUCGGCAAAGAUAAUGAGAGCACUAAAUUUAGACGAAGCAUCACCUUGUGGGCUGGCAAGGAAGGAGAAUAAAUUGUCUACCUUGGAUUCAAGCCCAGCAAAGAGUCUCAGCUCAUUUGGGAGUCCUUGUUAUACCGAAAAUAAUCGCCCAAAUCAAUGUGACAAAUUUGAUAAAAUCUUGAAUUUUAACAUCAGUUACGGGGAAUCUAAUGUUGACAGUUUAUCAGGAUCUUCGCUUAAUUCAUUUGAUGAAAACCAAAAUCAAACUCCUUUGAGGCGUAACGAACGAACAAUAAGGAUCCUAAAUCACCUCAAUUCUAAUGAAAACGUGUCCACCAAGCACGAUAAACCUAUUCCCGAUAAUCAUGGUGGAGGAAAUCAAUUUGGUGUAAUUCCUAAUGUACAGUCAAUAAGAAAAGGUGAAAAGAUGAGCAAGAUUGAAGUGAAUGUAACUAAAAGAACACCUAGAAAUUUAUUUGAUGAUUUUAACGAGGACGAGAACGAAAGACCUCGUACACCAGAAAACGUUGGUCAACCUGUUCCCGAAAAUUUAAGUGCCAUUAAGAAGAGUCAUAAGAAGGAGAGAUCGUCCCGCCGGUUGGAGAAGUUUGACGAGAGAGAAUGUGUGAUGCGAUCAAACGAGAAAAGACGUUUUACAGAGAACGAAGCGACCAAGUGGUUUUUGACACCUCCCAUGAACAAACCCAGUCCGAGUCCAUGUUACAGCAUGGAUUCAAUCAAGAAAUCCCCCAAGCAAAACAAAAUCAAGAAGAAAUCUUUCUCUCGGAAUAUCGAUGACUCGUCUGACACGAGUUCAAUAUUUGACCUUCAAGACGAAACGAAGAGCAACCUUACCAACGGGAAGGAGACUCCAGAGAAGUCGAAGCGCGAGACAAAACUCGAGCGCUCUAUCGACCUUUCAGCGGAUGAUUUCGAACCGGGACACGAGCGGUCUCUCACUCCGGAACAUGUCAAUUCCAGCAGGCUUUUGCUCCCUCGGUACAGCUCGGUAAAGAAGUCCCACAGAAAGAACAAACAUCGAAAAAUACUGUCCGGAUUUAUCAGACGUCAAAGUCUUCGCAAUCGUGAGAAAGAAUGGGACGGUGAAUUGGUCCGCGACACGGCAUUGCCCACCGUAGAAGUUCUCGCUCAUCCCGCAACGAGCUCGUCGGGGGACGAAGCGGCGCAGAAGAGGAGGAAUGUGUCCGCCUACCGAUUGUCGGACUCGGUCGAACGUCCCGUCGCGGUUGAGGGGACCAACGACCGAGAUGUCCCGGAGACGUCAACGCCCCUUAAGAAGAGAAGAUCGGUGUCACCUCGAGAUCCGAGUGGACGGACGACUCCCGAGACGAGGACGGUGACGGAGCUCACCUCAAAUGUCGAAUCGAUCAAACGAUCGCACAAGAAAGGGAAACGCAAGACCCGAGAAGAUCGGAAGGCGAGCACGGCGUUCACGGGGGAGGAUGGAAACGCCCCCCCGACCGAGCCUCGAGGAAUCGAUUGCAACGAUCCGAAAUCUCGGAGCGUUCGAGAAAACGACGAGUCCGGGUCCACGUGCCUCGGAGGGGGUGCCGCCACUCCACCGAAUCGACUCGAGACCAAGAGUUAUCUCAAGUCGUUGCAAUCCGUCUCGAUCAAAGGAUCGCAUAAAAAGGAACGAGAGAGCAGGUCUCGCAAACCGUUCCGAGAUCGUCUCGGGCAGAGAAUCCCUGGACCAGAGGAAGAAAGAACGAAGGGCCAUGCGUUGAUCACCGACGGCACUGAUUGCAACAUUCGGUUCGUUUGCGACGAAGAUGCGGAAAGUCUGGUUGAACGUUUCGAAAAAGAGCUCCCUGAAGCAAGCGGAAGUGUGGACCUGAACAAUGAUCUUUCGGAUGAUGGUUCUAUUUUUGACCUUGUGGAGAAAUUGAAUGAUCAGAAAGGGGAAUAUCGGGAAUAACUUACCCAAGUCUUAAGGAAUAAACUUAUGAUCCCUUUCAUACGUUUUCAAAGGGCAACAGUCCAAAAGGGUUUAGUGUUCGCAUGCAGAAUUUUUCUCGUUGAUUCUUCUAACCAUUUACUACUACCAGAGUAGCGAAUCCGAUAAUGCAACGAUCACAAACUCUUCAAACAUCGGAGCAAAGAAUCGUCCGUCCCUGUAAUCCACAAAUGCGUGAUCACAAACUGUGAUGUGCAAACUAACAUGCUUUCAAGUUAUCUGAACAAUUACGUGAGGCUUUCCCAAACGUAUUACUUUUCCUAAGCCAACUGUUGGUUCGUUCUAAUAAAUCCCAACGCAAUACAUUUAUGCGCGGAAAUAUUUAUGUUCAGAUGAUUCCAUUAAUUGUUUUGCACACGUUCCGUGUAAUUCCAUUAUACAAAAUGAUCAAUUCAUAACCGUAAUAACAUUAUAAUGCCAACUUAAUUGGAUACUUAACUCCAUGGUAAUGUCGAAUGUAAUCAUUUGAAAGUUUAUGUGAUUCGUUAUAACAAAUUCAGUUGUCUUAGUUGAAGGAAUAUUAAAGGGCGACUGUUCGGAUGCGA